UAAUUUAUAAUACCUUCAUCUUGCGUAAGUUAUUUAUAAAUAGUAGCUAAAUCCUUAUAAAAAAUCAUUAACCUAAUGAUUAAUUGAUAAAUAUCUGGGAAUUUGUUGAUUUGGAAUUUUGAGGUUUAACAGCAGAUUACCUGCUUUCGCCCAUAAUUAUUUUUGAUAACUGAACGAAGACGAAGGCGAGUUUCUACUGUCCGUAGUUGUUAUAUCGAAAAGUCUUUUACCAAAAACCCUUAUAUUUUUUAACUUGUUGGCCAAUUCAUUCUAACUAGUUCUACAUACAAUGAAAUGCAAGAGCUAUACUUAUUAGGAGUUAUACCAUCCAGACGAUCAGACAUUGUCGCUAAUUCACUCUUAAGAAUUUUCAAUGAACCAAAAAUAAUUUUUGAAUACUGGAUGGUUUAUCGUCCAAAAGAUGUUCCCAUUAAUUUACCUCGACAACCCGAUUCCUGGCUUCGAUUGUGUGGUCAAUUAGAUACCAUAGGAAGUAGCGAGUCUGACUGGGUACAGAAGGCACAAUGGUCUCUUCAUUUGGAAGGCACUUCAGAACCUAAGAGGGAAGGAAGAUGUGGAAUCCGCCCAAUUAGUCGGGCAAAAUUGACAAAUGGAUCCCCAAUGGAAUUUGUAGAAAACCUUGGUUACGAGUUUUCACAUGAAUAUGUAGUCCAGGGUUUGAAGUAUACUUCCAACAACUGCACUAUCAGAUUGUUUCAAACACUAAUCCCUUCGCAAAGACAUUCUAUAGAUCCUCCAUUUCACCCGCUCGCGGAAGAUCAGGCCUGGGUUUUGCAUACAUAUACCCAUGUAGCGGAUGCAAAUAAUCAAAAGGCUAUGGUACAAGCAGAAGCAAAUCUAGAACAUGUAAAAAAUCUGUUACUCAGUGUCUGCGAAUUAAAGAAUGUACGAUUAUAAAGCAUGAAAGGGUUCAUCUUGUCAGCUUGUGAUUAAAAUCAUGGAAUUUGAAGGAACUGAAUGACUUCAUAAGGAUACUAGGAAUGAAAGAAGUACUCUAAAUUUUGUAUAAUCCAGUUAGUCCAUAACUGCUGGUUAAACCAGUCUUGGUACAAUCAGAGUAUCUAUUUAAAACAUUCAACUAUAGCAUAAAAGACAGACAUAUACAUAUAAAGGUAAUUAAGCAACAACACCAACAUAUUCGACACCUUUAUAUUUUAGCGAAAGAUCUGGCCAUUGUACUAAAAAGCGGUCAACAAAGGGUAGAAGUAUUUUCCCGCUUAGUGAAAGUCUGUUUACUCUUGCAAAGGAUUCCACAUAGACUAUCCUAAUACGUUUGCCAAAAAACUAGAACGUUAGCUAUAUUCAACAACUUUGGCUGUCUUACCUUGGAUACGUAGCCUUCCAAACAUAAAAUUACGCACGUUCCUGGACCAUUGCAGAGUAUAACAUCAGGAAUACCGUUUUUAUUCCAAAAAAUCACUUUAGCUGAGAAUAUUAGACUCCAGGCAGCCGUAAAGGGUGUCGUUAACCAUGAUUGCUUUACGUGUCGGGCGCGAGGGAUUGUGAAAACUGAAGAUGCUUGAUGUGAGUUAGAAGAAAUUAAUGCUUCUGCUUUUGCAUAGCUCAUUUUGUCGUCAGCACCUACUACAUAGGAUCGUAUCGGAUACUGUUGAUCUUCAAUUGCGCCAAGCAGGUUCAUCAUCUCUCCUGUGUGACCUCCCGAACCAAAAUACACCAGCAAAUGAGGAUUCUUCAGACCAUUCUUCUUCGAUGAGCAGUACCACUCUUUUCCUACGAGUAUCAGAAAAAGAGAUGUGAAGGCAGACAAGCCUAAUAAUAAGAUCGUUUUAAGCAUGAUUUGUUAUUGUUCUUUUUGUUAUAAUACAAUAAAUAAAAUAGAAAAAAAACGAAUUUAGAAAAAAUUGACGCCAGCUUUGGUUACGAAGGUCUUAAUCCAUGUGAAUAGGUUAGAAGAGGUGUUAUAGGGCAGAAAUUUCCUGAAAUGUACUUGGAAAAGUAUGAUGCG